UUCCCCUGUACUGUUCACAGGUGCAGCCGCGUAGGUCCUCGAGGCUUCAGCCGCCGCGAUCACCUUACCGAGCAUCUACGAUCGUAUCAUCAGCAAAAUAUCCCGAAACGAGCACCUGGCCAGAGAUCCGCGCCUCAAAGCUUCAUAAACUAA